AAACCGUGUAUCAAGCACCUGCUGUGUCCAGGGCCUCGUCUAUCUCGGUGGGAGAGAUGCCCUGAGCAGUGAGACAGAUGUCCAUGUUCUCACCAAGGAGAGCCUGCUGCUUGUCACAGGGGGACUUCCCUGCGAAGGUGGGAGGGAGCGCCGUGCUCCUGUGUCACAGCAUAGCGCCCGGUGUUGCGUGCGCCGGUCCUCAAGUGUGUGCUUGUCUGUGGGCCACCUGCACACUCAGGCCCAGCAGCAGAGUGCAGAGGCAGCCGGUGUGAUCCAGGGAAGGCCUCUGAUCCGUCACACACACCCGGAGUAGGAGUUAAGCUGUGGGCUUUCAGGCACACCUCGGGGACACUGGGUUCGGGUCCAGGCCUCCGCAGUAAGGUGUCCUGCGCGGGAGCAUGGACCCCGCGGCCGCUCACGGCUGCCACCUGCUGCAGCAGCUGCACGAGCAGCGCAUCCAGGGCCUGCUCUGUGACUGCACGCUGGUGGUGAGGGGCGUCUGCUUCAAAGCACACAAGAACGUCCUGGCGGCCUUCAGCCAGUGCUUCAGGAGCCUCUUCCAGAACUCCUCGGGCCAGAAGAACGAUGUCUUUCACCUGGACAUCAAAAAUGUGAGCGGCAUCGGGCAGAUCCUGGACUUCAUGUACACGUCUCACCUGGAUCUCACCCAGGACAACGUGCAAGUGAUGCUGGACAUAGCGCAGUGUCUGCAGGUCCAGAACGUCCUCAAUCUGUGCCACACGUUUUUGAAGUCAGCCGCCGGGGAGCCGCCCCCCGGCACGCCUUGUGACAGUGCGUUCCCCCCACAGAGCACUCUGGCUCCUGACGCCAACUGCGUCGUCGGCGAGCACUACUCCCCUCACUCACUGCAGGGCUGCGCGGCAGACAGCCCGCACGGCGAGGCCUUGGACGGGCCACACUCUCGGGCUCCACCGCCCGUUCUCCUUCACCGCCCUGCAGGCGCAGCAGCAAAACAAGCCCCCGAAACUUUAGACGGCAGCUGCACAGAGCUGCCGUUCAAACAGCCGAGUUACUACCACAAACUCAGAAACUUGUACAGUAAGCAGUACUACAAACAAGCCACUUGUCCCAGCCACGAGAGGAUAGUUGAGCAGCCUUUCACCGUCAGCCCGUCCCCGGACCCGACAGCCGAGGAAAUCCAGCCUCCUGCAGUGAGCCAUUCCGAAUGUGCCCUGCCCGCUGCGGAGCACUUACCCGCCCACUUCCUGGCCCAGCCCCUGGGUGAACCUGCCCCGGGCCCUGCGUCAGACAACACGUUCCAGCAGCCCACCAAGCAGAUGAGGCUCAAAAAGGCCAUUCACCUUAGGAAGCUCAAUUUCCUGAAGUCACAGAAAUCUGCAGAGCAAACCUCUGCACCCGAGUCGGAUGAGGGUGUAGCAAAGAGGAUCGAUCCUGCUAGCGAAAGCACUGGCGAGAAGGCCAGCAGUCGAAGUGCUGAAGACGGAGACAGCGAAGAACUGGUCAGCUCCGAGAAUUUCAGUUGCAUUAAUGAAACCGAAGAGAGGCCUCAAGAGCUUGUGGCGCUGGAAGACCAGUCCCAGAUGCUGCAGUCCCAGAGACAAUACGCAUGCGAAUUGUGUGGGAAACCUUUUAAGCACCCGAGCAAUUUGGAGCUUCACAAACGGUGUCAUACAGGUGAGAAACCUUUUGAAUGUAACAUUUGUGGGAAACAUUUCUCUCAGGCAGGUAACCUGCAGACUCACUUACGUCGGCAUUCCGGGGAGAAGCCGUACAUCUGCGAAGUCUGCGGCAAGAGGUUCGCGGCCUCCGGGGACGUGCAGCGUCACAUCGUCAUUCACUCGGGGGAGAAGCCCCACCUGUGCGACAUCUGCGGCCGAGGGUUCAGCAACUUCAGCAACCUGAAGGAGCACAAGAAGACGCACACGGCCGAGAAGGUGUUCACCUGCGACGAGUGCGGGAAGUCCUUCAACAUGCAGAGGAAGCUGGUGAAGCACCGGGUCCGGCACACCGGGGAGCGGCCCUACAGCUGCGCGGCCUGCGGAAAGUGUUUCGGGGGAUCCGGGGACCUCCGCAGGCACGUCCGCACUCACACUGGGGAGAAGCCGUACACGUGUGAGAUCUGCGACAAGUGCUUCACCCGCUCGGCCGUGCUGCGGCGGCACCGGCGGAUGCACUGCCGGCCGGAUGACGACGAGGGCCCGGACGCCCUGCAGGAGCUCGCGCACGCCUUCGAGACCUCCGACCUCGACAAGGCCCCGCUGUCCGACUCGUUUUCCCGAGACGCGUCUGUGCCUGUGGUGCCCGCGUCUGCCAAGCUUCCCGGCGCCCCGGUGGAAGACUCGGUGGCAGAGCUGGACGGCCACCCUGCCAGCUCCUGCUGUAAGUUCCGGCCCUUGACCCAGCCUCAUGGAGCCAGCGGCCGGGAGAAGCUCGGUCUGGACCCUGGCAAACUCGCCAAGGCGCCGGGGCCGCACACGCAGCACCAGGCCUUUGCUUACGCGGCCGCGGACGCCUCCGCCAGUGCUGGGCCGCUGCCGGCCGACGGCGUGGCCGCAGUCCGCUCCUCUCUGGCUGCUUUGGACAACCACUGCGGCGACCCCCCGGGCAGCCGGGCGGCGGCCACAGCCUGCAGGACCUCGGAAGGCCAGUUCUUCUCCAGCAUGACGCUGUGGGGGCUGGCGAUGAAGACGCUGCAGAAUGAAAACGAGCUGGACCAGUGACGCCAGCCCGGCGCGUCUCAGCGUCAGGGGCUCUUGCUGAGUCCAGCAGGCCGGCCUCCAGGAGAGAGCCUUCCCCGCAGCGCCCUCUCCCUCCGGGCAGCCCAGGCACGGCAGGACCGUUUCCCUCCCGAUGGGGCUGCAGUGGACGCCUGUGAGCUCAGGCGUGGGAGGAGAGGCCGCAGGCUCACGGGGAAGCGGACUAUGGCGUGGGAGCAGGCGCCACGGGGCCGGAGGCUGGAGAAGUCGCCCUCUGACCGUGGUCAGCCGAUGGAGCGUGGACAGCGCCAACUAUUGUGCGGUGUGGUCACGCUGAAGCGAAACAAAUACACAGUAACACAAACACUUCUGCAUUUUUACAUGACUGAAAUUUGUUGCAUUUUGUAUUUUUAUUUACACAGAUUUUAUUUGUAUAUGAAACUCAUACUAUAAUUUAAUUUGAAUAAAUGGAACUUGCCUUCCUA